AUGGAGGCAUUUGAAGCCGAACUCUCCAAGGCAACCAAGCGUAGCAAUGACAACUUGCUCGGGGCAGUUGCUAUGGUCGUUGACAACAAGGGAAACAUCUUGUACCGACAUGCUGCUGGACGCCAGUUUCUGGACGAGAACUCACCGCCGUUAGAUCCGGAUUGCACCAUGUCUCUCACUUCGGCGGGGAAGUUUGUCACCAAUAUCGCGGCCUUACAGCUGGUCGAGCGCGACGUUCUGACUCUCGAUGAGCCUAUCAGCAGGUACCUUCCUGAGAUAGACAAGUGCUUGCUCGCUGAGCAAAGCCAGGAUGUCAAGAACGGUGACAGCGACGGCGAAAAUAAAGAAGAACGAAAAGGAAAGCGAAUUGCACUUCGUCGACCCACUCGUGAUGUCACACUGCGCGACCUGCUACUCAACACGAGCGGCAUGGGCACGUGCGACACAUACAAAGAGCGAUUUGGCAACGAUGACCGGGUACCCCGACUGGAGUUUCCCGAAGACGCCCAUUACCUUGUCAAGAAUCGAUCUACUCAUCUCUUCUUUGAGCCUGGCGAGGGCUUCGACUACGGCUGGAGUAUUUACUAUGUCCAGCUGCUUGUUGAGCGUCUCGGCGGCAAGGAUCGGUUUGUGGAGUAUGCUAACGAGAACAUCUUUGGGGCCCUCGGCAUGGCCCAUUCGACCUACCUGCCAGCCCAAGUGCCCGAGGUCUGGGAACGCCGCCUUCAGAUGGUGGAGCGCGAGCUCGACAUAGAGUCUGGAAAGGCCCACCUUGUGGCCAGCGACGAGAGCACACAGGGAAUGACUUGCAGCAUGUCCGACGUCGCUAGACUCUUUGGAGACAUCUUAUCGCCCGAGUGCAAGCUGCUCCGGCGCCAGGAGCAUCGCGAUAUGCUGUUCAGGCCACAGCUGUCACCUGGAAGCCAGGCACAUCAGGCACUGCUGGCAGAGACCACCAACUAUGGCUUCUUGCUCCCCCUGGAAGAAGGCGUGUCCCACAAGAUUUCCUGGUCGUUGUCACCGCCACCGGCGGUCAAUUGGACAGUGGCCGGUGUGUUACUGGAGGAGGACGAUACUCUUCCCGAUUCAGGAAUUCCUAAAGGUACUGUUUCAUUUGAGGGGCAGCCAAACAUGAUCUGGACCAUGAAUCGCGAAAGGGGACGCAUGAUGCUGUUUGGAAACCAGCUACUGCCCGGUUAUGAUGUGAUCGCGCACAAUCUCGCCACGUAUUUUAUGCGCCAUGCCUGGAAGACGUUUAGUUGA